AUGACAAAUAUGGCACAAAUUGAAACAGUCAUGUUUGAAUCUGUAACAGCUAAAACUAAAAAUUUACCAUCAUUUAUUAAACAAGAACGUCCGAAACGAGAAUGUCGUUCACGUAAACGUCCAUAUGAUAUUGAACAAUAUUCAACCAAACGUCUUAAAUAUGAUCAAAUCGAUAUUGAUGAACAAGAUGAUAGUCCUUGUACAUUUGGUUUAACACUAUCGGAUACAGAUGAUGAUAAUGAUACAGAAUCAAAAUGUUCAACAAGUGAUGAUACAGAACAAUCAUCAAUAAAACAAUAUGAUGACAAUAGUGAUAUUGAAGAAAAUGAUGACGAUAUAUCAAAUAUUUAUUUUUCUAAAAUAUCAUCUGAUCAACAUCGUCAUAUACCAGUUGUUUUAAAUUCAACAACUGUUCCACAACAACAAACAUUAAGUCGAUAUUCAAAAAGAUUAAUAUCACAAUUUAAAUAUUUAUAUGAUCAAGGUUUAAGAAAAGGAAUUCAACCAACAAAUUCUGGUGAAUUUUUUAAUAAUCAAAAUAAUGAUAUUUAUCUUGAAAGAUUACGUUGGGACUUACGUAAUACAUUUAAUAGAAUUGAUCUUUUUAAAGAAGGUUAUUGUGUUUUAUCAAAUGAACCAUUUUCAUUUUAUUCACUUUGUUAUAUGUGUGGUUCCAUGGGUUCGGAUUUGAUUUAUUGUAAUUGUUGUUGUGAAGCAUAUCAUCCAAAUUGUUUAAAUAAUUAUGAACGUCCUCAAUUAAAUUCAUUAUCUGAUUCAUGGUUAUGUCCAAAUUGUAAUGUAUGUAAUAUAUGUGGUUUAUUAACACAUCAAAAUUUUUUAUCACGAGUAACAAAUGAACAAAAUUUAUCAUCACAAUUAUUAUCUUGUUUUGAUUGUAAACGAAAUUUUCAUAUAAAAUGUAUAAAAAAAUUAAAAGAUGAUCAAUUAAAUGAAUUAAAUAAUCUAACUAAUAAUACUAAUACAGCUAUAUCUUUAUCACGUUUAACAAAUAGUUAUUUAAUAAAUCAAACAUGGUUUUGUCCAUCAUGUAUUAAAUGUGAUUGUGGACAAACAUUAAUAUCAAAUGAACGUAAUAUACUUUCAUUAACAAAAACAUUUUCAUCACAACAAUCACUUAUGUGUAUUGAUUGUUUAAAUAAUAUAAAAUUAAUACGUAUACAAAAAAAUGAUAAUAUUGAAAAAUGUCAUCUAUGUGAAAAAUAUAUUGAACAAAUUUUAUUUAAACAAAAACAAAUAAAUUAUUUUUUACAAUGUAUUAAAUGUAAAAAUCGUUUUCAUCCAAAAUGUGAUGGAUAUUUAAAUGAAGAUGCUGAAAUUAUACCACAUAUUAAAUAUUUAUGUUUAAAUAUGAUUUGUUCAAAAUGUGAUUUAGAUGAAAAAGAAAAAAUUAAAAAAUAUCUAAUGGAAUAUAAACUUCAAUCUAUCAAAACUAUACUAUCAAAUAUUUUAUCAACAUUAAAAUUAAUAAUAUUCGACGAAAUUCGUCUAAAUAAAAUUCAAUCUUAUAUAUUAAAUCUUCAACAAUUACAUGAAUCUCAUGAUCAAUAUUUAAAUCUUCAUAUAUUUCUUAAUGAUUUACUUAUCAUUAUUCGACGUCUUCUUACAAACAAUGAUAUAUAUCGUUGGCAAUCAGCUAUUGAUGGUUGUAUUAUUCGUCAAUGUCCAUGGUUUAAAUCUUCAUCAUUAUUAUCAUCAUCAUCAAAUAAUAAAACAUUAAAUCAUUUAUCAUCAACAAUAAAUUAUAAUAUUCAACCAUCACCAUCAAUAGAUCAUUCCUAUGCUUUAAAAAAUGAAUAUACUUUAAAUGAUAAAUAUAUUAAUUCAUUAUUAAAUUAUCUUGAUAAAAAUCAAACAAAUGAUGAUAAUCAAUUUAAUAAUCUUCAUCAUAUUGAUACAAGAAAAUGUCAAAUAUGUGAAACAUUAUCUGAUCAUAUAUUAUCAAAUAUUGGUCGUCUUAUAUCAUUUGGUAUUAAUCAAUGGGUACAUGUUGGUUGUAUAUUACCAGCUUAUGCUAAAAAUUUAGAUCAACCACCAUAUAUAUUACGUAAUAUACGUGAAACAGUACAACGUUGUCAAACAAAAUAUAUAUGUGCAAUAUGUUCAAAAUUAGGUGCUAGUGUACAUUGUAAUGAAAAUGAAUGUUAUCAACGUUUUCAUUGUGAUUGUAUACAAAAAUAUUAUUCAACUAUUGAUAAAAAUUUACAAGAACAAUUAAAUAUUAAAAAUGGUUAUUUACCAAAUUUAACAACAUUAUGUUUAAAACAUAAUAGAUUAAAAACAAUCAAUAAUAUUCAUCGAGAUAGUAUAGAUGGUAUCAAUGAAGAUGAAACAAAAGAAGUACCAAAUAAUAAUGGUAUAAAUCUUCCAAAAAUAAAAUCUGUAAAUACAUCAUCAACUGUAUAUGGUGAUCUAUCAAAUAAUUUAGUUGAAUUUGCUUUAUAUAAUACUCGUCUUUGUAUUGGUUCAUUACAAGUUGAAUCAUUAGGUAAUUUUGAUUAUCAAAUUGAUAAAACUGAUGAAAAUUAUAUUUCAAAUAAACAUUAUCCAAAUGAUUAUCGUGCAUCACGUUUAUUUUGGAGUAUGAAAAAUCCACAACAAAAAACUGUUUAUCAUUUACAUAUUAAAGUUGAACAAACAUAUCAUAAUAAAGAAUCAAAUCAUAAAAUAAUUGAACAUCCAAUGACAGAUAAACAAAUUCAUAUUGAACAAUUAUAUGAUUUAUGUCGACAAUAUUUUGAUAAAUUUCAAAAAAAAAUUGAUGAACAUUCAAAUUAUAUUGAAGAAUUUUGUCAACGAACUUCAAUUCAUAAAAAAAUUAUAUCAAAUCAAACAAAUUAUAAGAAAAAAACAACUAAUACUGGUAAUGCUCUAACAAAACGAUUAACAAAAGAAACUCCAUCAUGUGUUAAACGUCAAACACCAAAAUCAGCAUUAAAAAAUGUUUCACGACCACGAAAUAGAUUUGCUAAUGAUAAACAAUCACAAAUAUCAUUAACAACAACAACAAAACAAAAUUUAUUAAAAGAUAAUUUAAUUUCAAUAAAAGAUUAUAAAACAAAUGAUAUACAACAUUUAUUUCAUGAUGAAUUUUUAAAAACAACUAAUGUUUCACAAUUUGCUCUUGCACUUGUACAAGCACUUAGACAUGUUGGACAAUCAACAAAAAUACAACCACAAGAAUCAAACUUGAAUUAUCAUUUAUUAAAUAAUUCAUCAAAUGGAAUAACAACAGAAAAAAAUAAUGAUCUUCUUUUAAAACAAUUAUUAAGAAAUAUGACUGUACCACAACAAAUGAAUGAUUCUCAAAUAUCAGCAAUGAAUUCUUCGCAAUUGUCUUCCUGUACAUCUCAAUGGCGUUCAAGUAUAUCUACUCAAACUGAAACUAUAUCACUAUCAAAAUCAUAUGAUAAUUCUCAACAUUCCUAUUCAUCUUUCAAUGAUACAAUACCUUUAGUUCAUACAACUGAUAAGAGUUCUCAUUUACUAUCUAAAUCAACAUGUAUCCCACAAGUAGAUGGGUCAAUCGAUGAUGAUAAUGAUGAUGUUGAUUUCCAUAUAUCUUCUAUUGUAAUGAAUUCUUUAAUUGAACAGAUUAUUGAUAAAACAAAUUCUGAACGUUUUUAUACGAACAGUGAAUAUUCAAUAGAUUUAUCAGAUUAUGUUAAUUCACCAUCAUUAGGUAAUUUUACUCCAAUAUUACCUACAAAUCGUAAUCAUCAAAUAAAAAAUUCUGAAAAGAAAAAAUCUAUAUCAUCCGAUGAUCUUAUUCAAUUAUAUAAACAAUGGUCAAAAUCAAAUUUUUCUCGUGUGAAAUUUACAAUAACAAAUGAUGAAGGAUAUGAAAUCAUAUCCGAUGAUUUAGAUUCAGCAUGGUCAAUAAUUAUUAAUUUAAUACGUAAUUGUCGUGAUGAUAUGAAUUUACAACAUUUAUCAAUGACAAAUGAAGAAUUAAAUGGACAUAAAGUAUUUGGUUUAACAAAACCUAUUAUUCAAAUAAUGCUUAAUCAAAUGUAUACAAAUCAACAACAAAUUGGAACAAUUAUAUUACCAUUGUCAUCAUCAUCAUCAUCAAAUAAUAAUUACAAUAAUUCUACAUGUUCAAUAGAAAAUUUUAAUAAAAAAAAAAAUUUAUUAUCAUGUUCAAGAUCAAAUAUAUACGAAAGAAAAACUCGUGAACGUCAAAGAUUUGGUUGGUUAUUAAAUCAAAGUAGAAAAAUUGAAUAUGCACUUAACUCAUUUGAAAUUGAUAAUGCACUUGCAUAUGCAAGACGAAUUAUUCUUGAAGAAGCUUCUGUUAGUUUACGUCUUUAUCAUUUACAUUAUUUUUCUGAACGUGCUUUACUUGUUGGUUCAUCACCUAUACAUGGUUGUGGUUUAUUUACAUUAGUUGAUUUAAUUGAAGGACAAAUGAUUAUUGAAUAUACAGGUGAAGUUGUUCGACCAUGUCUUACAGAUAAACGUGAACGUGAAAAUGAAGGAAAAGGUUUUGGUUGUUAUAUGUUUACGGUUGAUGCAAUGAAUGUUAUUGAUGCUACGCAUCGUGGAAAUAAAGCUCGAUUUAUUAAUCAUAAUUGUGAGCCAAAUUGUUUUGCUAAAACUGUUUUAUCAGGUGGUAUUAAGCAUAUUGUUAUUUAUGCAUUAAUGGAUAUACCUCGUGGAUCAGAAUUAACAUAUGAUUAUUCGUUUCCGGAAGAAGAUAUUAAAAUUCCUUGUCAUUGUGGUACAAGCAAAUGUCGAAUUUAUUUAAACUGA